UGUGUGUGUGUGUGUGUGUAGAAACCAGUCUAGGAUCAGAACAGAACCCAGCAAAAAUGGCACAAGUUACAUUGUUAGGAGCUUGGCCUAGUCCAUUUGUUUACAGGGUUAUCUGGGCACUUAAACUCAAAGGUGUAGACUAUGAGUAUGUAGAAGAGGAUAUCUUAUACAACAAGAGUGAACGGCUUCUAAAAUACAACCCAGUUCAUAAGAUGGUUCCGGUUCUUGUUCAUGCCGGAAAACCAAUCGCAGAGUCCGCUGUCAUUCUUGAGUACAUCGAAGAGACGUGGCCGCAGAACCCCUUGCUUCCUAAAGACCCUCAUGGACGAGCUUUGGCCCGGUUCUGGACAAAGUUCGGAGAGGACAAGAACCCAGCCCUGUUUGGAUUUUUGAGGACUGAGGGAGAACAACAAGUGAAAGCAACAAAAGAAGGGCAGGAGCAGCUGAGAAUCUUGGAAGAGCAGGGCCUCAGAGACAAGAAGUUUUUCGGUGGAGACGAGAUUGGAAUGGCUGAUUUAGAAUUCGGGUGGCUAGCUUUGUGGCUGGAAGUCUGGAGCGAAAUAACUGGGGUUACACUGAUUGAAGCCGAAAGCUUCCCUCGCUUACACGCAUGGAUACAAAGGUUCAAGGAGUUUCCCACAAUCAAAGAGACCCUUCCGGAUCGCAGUGCAAUGCUGACCCAUUACAAAGUUCAAGCGGGAGGGCGUUAAGGGAUGGUGGUGCUGCAGCCGGUGGUGGCACGGCUUGGGAGCUUCUCGCCUGCGCGUGGCGUCAUGGCCUCUGUGAUGAAAACCUUGGGUUUUGGCCGGUUGAUAAUGUGGUCUGGGCUUUGCCCCUUGGCCUACUUUACUUUUACUUUUCUGUUUUGUCUAAUUAUUAUUUACUUUUAGUAAGAAGUGGCUUUAUGCCAGCAAUAAGUCCCAACCUUUUUUGGGUAGGGCGACGUGGGCUUGGUCCCGGUAUGCACACUCUGUGUGCCUUGUCUGGCCUAGCGAGGCGGCGAGCUAUUUGUUUGAUCAAAUGGACGCAACCUCCUAGUGGCAGGAUGAAAUUGAGUGUCGCCGGAUUUAUUUCCGUGCGGCAACAUAGUGGGAAAGGUGUGUUAUUUGUAAUGAUGCUUCUUCGUGAUAGAGUUAUCUUUCCGGUAUGUCACCGCUAUGUCAAAGCAAUUGGAGUAGCCAUUCGUGCACUCUUUGCUAUUUGGUGCUUGUUAGAAUACAUAGAUUUUAUAGAGAGUCUUUGUAUUAUUUCAGGAUGUUCUCUUUACGCUUAUUAUAAUCUGGGGUUCAGGCUCUAUGUCCCCCCCCUUG